UCCUUGUUCCUCGUUAGCCAUCCUCUCUCUCUCCUCUCUCUCUCGCUCUCUUCUUCCUUAUUUGUUCGCCGGUAAAUCACAGCCGUCCGAUUAACCAGCGUAUACUCGCGCGACAAGAUCUCUUAGAUCACACCAAUGGUCUGAUUUUCACCACCUCAGAUCUCCGACAACACUCCGGUAAACUAUCUCCACCUCUUGUUUCCAUCUCGUGAGAUUGCGAAAAUGAGGGUGAUUGAUCUAAUCGAGUCAUAGUGGAAGAAGAAGAAGAAGAAGCUCUCUUUGGAAUUUGAAUUUGAAUUUGAAUAAUUAGGGUUUUUGAUUGCAUGCUGAUCCCAAAUUAGAGUUUCUUUAGUUAGGUGGAGUUUAAAGUUAGUUCCUUUUAGCCAUGUUUAAGAAAAUCAUGAAAGGUGGUGGGCACAAGAAGCCCUCUAAAUCUGAAUCCAACGAACCGUCAAGCUAUAAUCUUGGUGGCUCCAAUGUUGUCGUUAGCCACGCUUCUCGUGGAGCACUGGUUCCUCCUUCUCAAGUGACAACAGCCACUCCUCCUCCGCCUAUAACCUCGGUGACCCCACUCCCUCUCUUCAGGGACGUUCCCGUUUCAGAGAGGCAAUCUUUGUUCCUCAGGAAGCUUCAGAACUGCUGUUUCCACUUUGAUUUCACUGAUACCACCAAGAUCGUUAGAGAGAAGGAGAUCAAGAGGCAGACGCUGCUGGAGCUGGUGGAUUUUAUACAGUCUGGAGCUAGCAAGAUCAUCUCCGAGUCUUGUCAGGAGGAAAUGAUCAAGAUGGUUUCGCUCAAUCUCUUUCGUUGUCUCCCUCCUGCCUCACAUGAGAACACGGGCCAGGAGCCCGCGGAUCCCGAGGAGGAGGAGCCUUAUUUGGAGCCUUCCUGGCCUCAUUUGCAGCUGGUUUACGAGCUGCUGUUACGAUACGUUGUUUCUACUGAUACCGAUACCAAAGUGGCCAAACGGUAUAUCGACCAUUCCUUUGUGUUGAAGCUGCUCGACUUGUUUGACUCCGAGGAUCCGAGAGAGAGGGAGUAUUUGAAAACGAUUCUUCAUAGGAUCUACGGGAAGUUUAUGGUGCACAGGCCGUUUAUUAGGAAAGCGAUCAACAACAUUUUCUAUAGGUUUAUUUAUGAGACGGAGAGGCACGGCGGGAUCGGGGAGCUUUUGGAGAUUCUAGGCAGUAUCAUUAACGGGUUUGCGUUGCCUAUGAAGGAGGAGCACAAGCUGUUUCUCAUCAGGGUGUUGAUACCGUUGCAUAAGCCCAAACCUAUAGCGAUAUAUCAUCAGCAGUUGUCUUAUUGCAUUGUUCAGUUUGUGGAAAAGGAUUAUAAGCUAGCGGAUACGGUGAUCAGGGGGCUGUUGAAGUAUUGGCCUGUGACGAAUUGCACCAAGGAGAAUCUCUUCCUUCAGGAACUUGAAGAAGUUCUUGAGGCAACGCAGCCUGUUGAGUUUCAGCGUUGUAUGGUUCCGUUGUUCCAACAGAUUGCUCGCUGCCUUAAUAGCUCUCACUUUCAGGUUGCAGAACGAGCACUGUUCCUGUGGAACAACGAGCACAUAGUGGGUCUAAUCGCGCAGAACCGAAGCGUAAUCCUUCCAAUAAUAUACCCGGCACUGGAGAAGAACAUCCAGUCUCACUGGAACCAAGCAGUCCACGGUCUAACCGUAAAUAUCAAGAAGAUGUUCAUGGAGAUGGAUCCUGAUCUAUUUGAAGAAUGCCAGAGACAGUAUGAGGAGAAACAAGCCAAGUCCAAAGAAGUUGAAGAACAACGCCAAUUUACAUGGAAGAGAUUAGCUGAAGCAGCAGCAGAGCGAGACGGAGUUGGAGGAGGAGAAGAUUAUAUGAUCACUUCCUAGAUCAGUAACAAAAAGGGUAUUACUCUCACUUUUUUUUUUGGUUCUCUCUCAAAUUAAUCAAAAUCGUUUACUAUUAAAAUCUUUCUUCCAAUGUAUAAACUUUCGAUUUGUUUUUUGUUGUGAGAAUCAUCGAAUCUGAUUCUGGUUGCUCAGAGAAUAGUAGAGCGAAGUGAGCCAAUCACUAUCAGAGAAUAUGUGUUUUGUCUGUAUGGAUCGGGCUUUAGUACUAAGAAUGUGUUUUAUGAUCUUC